CGUCGAGUUUCGAGUUGAGCUUGAGCGCUUGAGCCAGCUGAGCUGCUAGCUGCUAGAAAAUGAAAACUGAAACACUGAAAGUCAAGUUCAUAAAUUCAAUUAAUUUAUUUUGAUUAUGGAAAUGAAAGUGUUUUUAGUGUGCUGAAGCUGAAGUGAUUUGUUAGGCUAUUAAUUUUCAAGCAUCUCAAGUCAAAAUGCUUGAACCCUUAAGGAGUUCUGUGUUACAAGGAAAACGUAUAAUUUUAGCCAGUUCAUCCCCUAGAAGAUCAGAAAUUCUUCACAAUAUUGGACUGAAAUUUGAAAUAAUUCCUUCAACGUAUGAAGAGAAUCUUACCCCAGAAAAAUUUACAAAUCGUGGAGAGUUUGCGGUUGCUACUGCAUUUAAUAAAGUUGAAGAAGUUGAGAAAAGACUCUCAAGAGAUCCCAUUAAACCUGACUUGAUUAUUGGGGCUGAUACAGUAGUGUCAUUAAAUGGAAAGAUCUAUGGAAAACCAAAAGACAAAGCAGAAGCUUUCUCACAUUUACAAGCGUUGAGUGGGAAACAACAUACAGUGUUUACUGGCGUAGUCAUCAAAACACCGACAGCGCUCAGGAAGUUUUAUGAAAGCACCAAAGUGUUUGUGGCCGACCUUGAUGAGAAGACAAUAAGAGCUUACAUUGCCACAGAAGAACCCAUGGACAAGGCAGGAGCCUAUGGGAUCCAGGGCUAUGGAGGAUCCAUCGUAGAGAAAAUAGACGGAGAUUAUUUCACAGUAAUGGGGCUGCCUCUGCAUUCUUUAUGCAAACAUAUUAUAUAUUUGUACAAGUAAAUCAAAUUAUUUAUCCAAAGUAAAUAGGUAUUGAAUGUUUUAAUGCUGCCAAAGCCAA